AUGGGCUCGAGAUUUGUUGAUGUUAGCAAUAGUAAAGGUUUAAAACGAAGAGAAUGGUCUACAAAGGCUCCGCAAUGGCGAAGAACUAUCCGUGGUUUAUGUCUCGAAGGCAAAUGCUCAAACACUGAAUGCAAGGCGUACGGUCACAGUGUUAUUAUGCGCAUUGGCUAUACAAAAUUCGACAUGUUAGCCGAUCCCGAUGAAACCACAACAGUAUGUCCAAUAUGUGAACAGUUUGUUGAACCAAAAACAUGUGCCUUUAAUAAUUGUUGGUGGAGAUACGAUGGAACUCAACAAGCAGAAACUGGUAGCGGUAAACCACCAAAGAAAUAUUCAAGUGAAUGGCAUGAAGUCGAUGAUGCAUAUCAUUAUUUUGACGAAGAAGCAAGUGGGACGAUUUUGUGGAAGCGUCUUGUAAUUGAAGCUGUUAAGGACAAGCCUGUGUAA